UGAGACUGAAUGCGUGUCACUGGAAUCAAAACUUUUUCCAACUUCUCCUUGAAUGCUAAACUGAAAAGUAUUUGCUGGAUAGCCUUAACCCUUUACAAUUCAAGCAGUUACGUGUACAAAGAGGUUAAGAUGAACUUUGUCACUUUUUGUAAAACAAUGUAACGAUUUUGACCUAAAUGAUAACAAUCGAUAUCAAACGACGAAUAACCUUUUGCAAGGAAACCAAAGAUGGGUUUGUGUAGUUUUCAAAACUUCGUGAUAUUUUGGUCAGCCAUUUUUCUUGGAUUGGCCUACUUCCUGUACACGCCAGUACCUCAUGGAUUUUCUGAGCCGUGGAAAUUACGGACGGUUCUGGCCGGUUUCAAGACUGUCAACCUUAUUGGUGGUGUAAGUGAGUUACUAGGCUAUGAUAGUGGCAUCAAUAUGACUCGAAAAUUCUUAAACAUCGCCUACGCCAGGCAACCAGAUGAUCCUGCAUUGGAGGUUUGGGAUGCAACAUUUGAUGGUGUACCAGUUAGAAUUUAUAAACCAAUCAAAAUUCAGACACCUGCUCCUGCUAUGGUGUUUCUACACGGAGGGGGGUGGGUCUUAUUUAGUAUAGAUGAAUAUGAUUUGACCACAAGACUAAUCGCUAAACAAGCUGAGAUCAUUGUAGUCUCUGUUAACUAUCGGCUGGCACCAGAAUAUCCAUUCCCGAUUCCGUUUGACGACUGUGUGACAGCGACAACACAUUUGUUACAAAAUGGCGCCAAAUAUGGAGUAGACCCCAAACGAGUUGCAGUUGCAGGGGACAGUGCCGGAGGGAACUUGGCUGCAGCCGUUUCAACGAAGUUAAGAGAUGAACAUCAUAAGCCUGGAAUAAGACUACAGAUUCUUGUGUAUCCAGUCCUUCAAGGAUGCGACUGGUAUUUGCCUAGUUACCAAACGGGGGCCAUCUUGUUUAAUCGUGAUGAUAAAGCAAAAUUUGUGCGAGCUUAUGUAAAUUUUAGCAAAGAUUUUUUUCCAUUUAUUGGAACUGAAAGAUAUUAUUCCAAAACUGUUCGGGAAAAAUGUAAAAAAUUUGUAGAUUUCCAUUUGCUGCCGAAUGAAUUUAUCCCAAAAGAUUACAAACAAACGGAAUUAUUUUCCAAAGACAAAUUACCAAAAACUUUGGAAAAAGAUUUUCAAAAGGCUCAAAAGUUUUUGUCAAAUCCUUACAUUUUUCCAUUGAUGUUGGAAAACUUAAAGGGGUUACCUCCGACUUUUAUUUUAUCAGUGGAGUACGACACUUUAAGAGAUGAAAAUAUCAUUUUUGUGUCGCGGCUCCAAUCGGCAGGAGUUGAUGUAGUUAGGAAACAUUUUGACCAAUGUAUCCAUGGAUGUUUCAAUUUGCGGAAUUCCUCCUUUGAUUUUUCCGAUGGGAAACGAAUGAUCCAAACUAUCGUUGAUUAUUUAAAAGAAAAAUUGUAAUUUUGAAAAGAAUUUUAUUUUUGAAAAUUGUAUGUUUUUUUUUAACAGAAAAUAAUUUUUGUUUUUUUUGAAUAAAAUUGUUUUUUAAAAG